GGGGGCUUCCAUUUACUAGGUAGCUAGCCUAGUCCAGAGCAAUGCAGACGUCUAUUCAUUCAUUCUGUUCAUUAUAAGUAGGGUAUGCGACAGCAUCGACAGCAUCGACGUGGCGCCUCCAGAGCUUUGAAUAAAUCGCCUCCACUCAGCGAAACCAAAGGAUAUUGCUAGACCGCGGCCGAUGCAACACACAGCACCAUGAGCUACUACUUCGCCAUCGUCGGCACUCAGGACAACCCUCUAUUCGAGCAUGAGUUUGGCACCUCUAAACAGGGCGGUGACGGCCAGUCGCGCUUCAGCGAUCAAGUCCGCCAUUUGAACCAGUUCAUCUUACAUUCCAGUCUUGAUAUUGCAGAGGAGGUCCAGUGGUCACAUGGACAGAUGUAUCUCAAGUGUAUUGACAAGUUCUUCAACAACUACAUAUCAUGCUUCGUCACCGCCGGCAACGUCAAAUUUCUCCUGCUCCAUCAACCCAUCAUCCCGACAGGAACAUCAUCACGGUCAUCAACUGCCAUCGGGGCUAAUCCCACAAGUCCAGCUACUGAAGAAGCCAUCAAAAUGUUCUUUACGGAAGUUUAUGAGAAUUGGGUCAAGGCUAUCAUGAGUCCCUUCUACCGCGCCAACAUGGAGGUGCGUAGCCCUGUCUUCAGAACGAGGGUAGCGGCAGCUGGGAGGAAAUACCUUUGAAUGUUGACAGGAAAGUUACUCGUUCUUAUGAUACCAUGCUUUUAACUUAAUACAAUACAGUAAAUCUGAUGUUCGCAUCUUGAUACGGGUGCCUAAGUUCUCUAUUAUACUAGCUGUAAUAAUGUGGGCAGGCCAUAAAUCACGAGAGGGUAUAUGCCUGGAGUAAUGGAGAAUUAUGAAGUGAUCAAUGUUCAAUGUGGUAUUCAUUUGCAAGGUCGUCUUCCAUGACGCCUAUGGUAAUAUCAUAUCCGUUUCCCCAACGCCUUAGUCAAAUACAUCCAUCCCAGUGCCGUACAAGCGCAACUGAAUAAUCCUUCUAAAGAGUGAACCAUCAAGGUAGAAAGUUGUUUAACCACCGAAACCAUAGAGGGUACGUCCCUGUCGCUUGAGAGCGUAGACGACGUCGAGGGAGGUGACGGUCUUGCGCUUGGCGUGCUCAGUGUAGGUGACAGCGUCGCGGAUGACACCCUCGAGGAAGGUC